AUGGAUACGGACACGGGGCAUGAAACGGUCCGCAGAGAGCGGCCGUGGCUCUUCCCAUGGAACCGAAAGCUUCGGCAUUUGCAGAGUAUUUCAGUCCGCAACCUGGUCGUUACUCCUCCCCCGACUCGGGCCCGUGGCAAGACCAUUGAUGAUGACGAUAUCCCGAAUACCCUCCAAACACCUUCCAAGAUCCUAUCGCAGGACUCGAGGUCCCCUCUACACUCCUCGCGGUCGUUUACCGACCUCAAAUCACGCGCCAGUCAUGAUGCACAAGCGACGAAACAGCCCGAGGUGCGUUCGCGACGCCGAAGUACCUUGUUUUGGAACGACCCCAAUCCUCGAACUCGGCAGAUCAAAUUAGAAGACAUUACCAACAGUCGUAUGGCGGACACCUUCUUCUCUCUACAUUGCGAGGGUCUGGAGGAGCCAGUUUACAUCAGUGAAGUUGUUGACCGCGCAACCAAUCCCAACUUCCGAGCUUUCGACUUGAACCUAUGUGGUCCCUUUGUCUCUCGGAUGGAUGAAUUAACCCUGAAGCUUUGGACUAAAACAGUGAAUAUGCCCGAGUUUGUUCUACUGGUCGAGCUACAGGUACAUCUACGGUCGUUGCAGUUCCUAGGAAAGACAUUAGAGAGCUUCCAUCAGCCGCUUCCAGCAAAUUCAAUUCUCUUCCACUUCUCGGAUGGAGUGUAUACCAACCUGACCGACCUUCCACCAGUCGAAGCGUCGCUACAAAGCGGAACACAAAAGGCUGUUGCGGAUGGCACCACAUUGCCUACAUCAUCAUAUGAUGCUUUGAUGCGAUUGGCCAAUCUGGACGAGUGCGUGCAAGACGCCUUGGUUACCAGGGAGAAGCUAGAAACACAAAUAAGCACCAUUCUCCGAGAGAAUGAGCUUGCACUCAAGACCGUGAGCGAUGCUGCUGAGGCGCAAGAGAAGCUUUCUCGAACUAAGCAAGCGGUUUCCGCCGAGCGCAAACGUGUGCGCGCUGCAACCAAGCGCAAAGAGGAGCUCAUUGCCAGUAUCAAGAUGCGAAAAGAAGCUAUGGAAGAAGGACGACGUGCGCAAGAAAAGACGCGCAGUCACCUCCCUGACGCUCAAGAAAAGUUGGUAUCUAGCGAAAAACUGCUCAACCACACAGGAGAGGACACCAAGGGUCAAACACGGCGUAUCUCGGAAGACCUCUUGUCCAUUUACCCUAUUGAACCCAUCCCCGACAAACCUUUGGUCUUCACUAUUGCUGGCUUACCUCUCCCGAACUCAUCUUUUGAAGAUACUGACCGUGAAGUGAUCGCGGCGGCAUUAGGCCAUGCAGCUCAUCUAGUGUAUCUGCUUUCUUUCUAUCUGUCAGUGGCCCUGCCCUAUCCGAUCAAUGCAAAUGGGUCAACUUCGUUCAUUCAAGACCCCAUUUCCGCCUCUCUUCCGCAACGCACCUACCCCCUGUACCCAGUGAGCGUGCAUUACCGGUUCGAGUACGGUGUGUUUCUCCUCAACAAAGAUAUUGAAUAUAUUCUCAACAAGCAGGGGUUGCGCAUUCUGGACAUCCGCCAUACCCUUGCCAAUCUCAAAUAUCUCCUCUAUGUCCUGACCGCUGGCACUUCGGAGAUCCCAGCGCGCAAAGCUGGUGGUAUCCGGGGGCUUGCUGGACGCUUGACGCCUAACUUGUCUCGACGGGGCAGCAUGGAAAGUGCAGCCUCUGGAGAGCUAGUACAGCCUCGCAAAGCUUGGGAAUCCGUUUCCAAAAUGAACGUGAGCCUAGCGAGCAUGAGUCUCACCCCGGAUGGAGGCAAACCAGUCCCAGUCCACCACUAG